AUGCACGCAGCAUCCGAACACUGUCAAAAAUACGCAUAUUCCUCUGUUGGAUACAAGAAAUCGUUAUCCACAACUCUGGAGGGUUACUCUAUUCAGCGUGGCAAUAUGCGUGUCGUUUUAUGUGCUCUUAGCAUUGGCUACCGUGAACCUGAAGCCGAAUCCGAGUCCAACUCCAAGUCCGAAUUCGAUGCUAUAGCUAAAAAUGAAUACAUUACAUCAUUUUAUGAAGGAUGGCGGGACCUUAUGGAUAACAAAUCAGAUCCGCGAACGAGAAAUUGGCCCUUAAUGAGUUCGCCCUUCCCCACCAUAGCAAUUAGUUUAACAUACGCUUAUUUUGUAAAAGUACUUGGUCCCAAAUUGAUGGAAAACAGAAAACCCUUUCAGUUAAGAAAAGUUUUGAUUGUCUAUAAUUUUGCACAAGUCAUAUUUAGUGCCUGGCUAUUUUAUGAAUCCUGCAUAGGAGGCUGGCUAAAUGGUUACAAUAUUCGAUGCGAACCAGUCGACUACUCCCCUUCUCCAGCAGCGUUAAGGUUAAAUAAAUAA